AUGGAGAGUGAGAGCGUUAGAGUAGGCCGCCAUGGCCAAUCUUUUACCAUAGAAACGAGCUCCAUUUUCAAUGUCCAUGUUUUGGUUGUAGAUGAUGAUGCUACAUCUCUCGCUGUUGUUUCAGCUAUGCUUCGAACUUUGAGAUAUGGAGUUGUGACCGUUAGAAACGCAGUAGAUGCUUUGGCUACUCUUCGGGUGCAGAAGUUCGACCUUGUUGUUACAGAUCUACACAUGCCUGAAAUGAAUGGUUUAGAAUUGCAAAAGCGAGUCGAAGAAGAAUUCAAACUACCUGUGAUUAUGAUGUCCGCAGAUGACGAAAAUAGUGUGAUAGUAGAGAGUUUGCAGCGUGGAGUUGCUUUCUAUAUGGUAAAACCAGUGAGCCCAGAUGAUCUCAAACAUGUAUGGCAGUAUGCUAUUCCAGCUAAAAAGGGUAAAAAUGUUGUUAUCGAAGAAAUAAGAAGCUUUCCAGAAGAAUCAUCGGGUGAGAAAGUAUCUUUCGAGGAUGUAAAUUCUGCAUCAUCAUUCCUCAUGAAUGAAGAAAAACGUGGAAAAAAAGAUUCCAAGAGAAAGACACCGAAAAAGGCCAAUGAAGAUGGCGGGGAUGAAAAUAAUCAUGCGGCGCCUAAAAAGGUAAAGGUGGUUUGGACGACUUCACUCCACAACCGGUUCUUGCAAGCAAUAAGGCAUUUAGGCUUGGAAAAGGCUGUCCCGAAGAAGAUUCUGGAGUUCAUGAAUGUGCCAGGCUUGACUAGAGAAAAUGUAGCAAGUCAUUUACAGAAGUAUCGUAUAUUCUUAAAACGAGUUGCGGAUAAAUGCGGUGGCACCUCAAAGAGUUUGUCUGAUAGAUCCUUGAGGUCAAGCUUCGCAUAUGGCAUUCCUUCACUGUUAUUGCAAAACUUCCAAUUCCCACAACACCAACAGCAAAUGAGAACAUCAUCAUUCCAACCAGGACUAGAAGGAGGUAAUACGCGGACGUUUAAUACUCCCACCCUUGGCCCUUUCCUUCUUUCUAAUAAGGCAGCCUCAAGUGGCAGCUCUUUGCCUCAACUAGGACAUGGGAUGUGGCGUUCCUUAAGGAAUCAAGCUAAUCUUCAGCAGCCCUUGUUUGGCAACACAAAUCCUCUUUAUCCAGCAAAUCGACCAAACAAUCUUGGAUCAAAUUUUCCAUCACAUGGAAAUAUGCCAAACUGCAUCAUGAAUGCUACGAAUGGUACAAAUUCAAUUCAAACAUGCCCAAAUUCUAGCUAUAGCAAGGGUAACUAUGCUGGAAUUGAAAUUAAUAGUGGAGGGCAGCUAGUUAUUAAAGGUCCUACUAUCUUCAAUGGUGGUGUGGAAAAUGAUGUUAACAAUACUAGUUAUGGCUUGAUGAAUGGGCACAACGCACCUAUGGAGAAUUGGGCUUCUUCUGCUGGGUUUGAGAGUAUAAACCAAUGGCCACAAGAAAAUGCUUGGCUGAUCCCACCGCAACCACAGGCACAUCAAAAUUACAGUGUUGCGAAAGAAGGGGAAAGUACUGAUUGUACCUUUGAUGAUCUGCUAAGUAACAUUUGUACCUUAAUCAAUGACAUCCCUUGUGUGCAACAAUUAGGCGAAGAUGAUCUCAGUGAUCUUUUCUUGGAGCAAAGCAGCAACCAAACUCUUGAUCAAUGUGAAGCCGAAGUGAAUCCUACUGUGAAUGAACUCCAAAAUCCUGACCUUUCUAGUUCAUCCUAUGUCGAAGAUAAUGCACCUUCGAGCAAACCAUCAUUUGUCAAGCAUGGAAACGACAAAGAACUCGUGGACUUAGAUGAGCUUUAUGGCAUGAUGUCUCAGGUGGAGAAUACCUCAGAAGGUCAUCUCUUUCUCAAUCAGGAAUGGGAGGACGAAUUCAUGGAUUCCAUAAUCUUCGGUCAUGUUCCAUAUCCAUGGGAGUGA